AUGACUGCCCAAACAUUCACCUGCUUUGGCCAGCUUCCCCCAGAGCUACGUAUCAAGAUCUAUCUAUUAGCAACGCCACCUCGUGCCGUGACUCUCAAACUAUCCAUGACUACAUCCUGCGAGUGGGAACGUGAGUACAAGGAGAAGAAUGGGGCUUGGCCAAAUUCCUUUCAACUAGAGCAGUGGAACAAAAUCAACGACUACUACUUUCGCAGCUGUACCACGAUACCAGCACUUUUGCAUACGUGCAGAGAAUCCAGAGGAGAGCUGAUAAACCACGGCUAUGAGCUCACAUUUACAACAGUGACAAGAGGUCCACGGGUAUGGUUCAAUUACCGUCAGGACGCCAUAUACGUCCCCUUGUUUUCCUGGUCUUGCGUUGGCUCCUGCACCUGCCCUCUGACGUGUUACUUUACACGUUCAUUUAUCGCAGGAACAUAUCGUCCGUACUCUCCGAAUGAUCUGAUGCGGAUACGCUGGGUCUUACAGGAAAGUGACCUUUCAGUGUACAACUAUACAGGAGAUGCUAUAGACAGGGAUGGGAACCCAACACCAUUUUUGGCUGCUGAUCGAGUUCCUUGCUGGAAGUAA